UCAGGAUUGUGUACUACUGGCUCACAGAAGACCACGCAAGAUAGCUUUUCUGCGGCGAGAAGGAGAGGGGAUAUCAACAUGUCAGUGUAAGCCCGCUCUCUUUCUUACCAAAUGCAUUUAGUUUCUUCCUUUUAUGUGUUUUCUACGUUCUAGUGAUAUCUAUACGCUUAUUUUACGUUUCCCUGUACAUGACAUACGGCCUGAUACUUUGACUUGUCCUGCCUCUCCUGCCUAUAAAGCAGAAAUGCAGUUCGAGCAAAGCCUUGCAUGAGUGUGUGAAGUUGAGGGUUAAGAGUAAAAGAGGCUAGCCAUGGGAGUUUUGAGCGCGAGCAGUACAGUAGACAAGCGUCCAUAUCUGGGAGGUGUUAAGGUGCUGGUGGAUGGUGGUAUGGGUAUCGUCCCGGAUAUUUAUAUCCAGCCCGAGCACCAGCGCUUGUGCAAGUCCAAAGUUUGCCCCGACACACAAGACAUUCCAGUGAUCGACCUCCGGGAACUCAGCAACAGCGGCAACAGGCCCAAGGCCAUCGCGGCUAUCGGACAAGCCUGCCAAAAGUGGGGAUUUUUCCAGGUGACAAAUCACGGAGUCCCGGUGGCGACGACGGAGAAGAUGAAAGAAGUGGCCUAUGAGUUCUUUGAAUUGCCGGUGGAGGAGAAGAUGGUGUAUCACGCCACCAGCAUGUCUUCCAAGAUGACAAUGUACGGGACGAGCUUUAAUCCUUACGAGGACAAAACCUUCGACUGGCGCGACUACCUCCGGCACUCCUGCAAUCCUCUCUCGGAAGAAAACGUCUCGUCGUGGCCGGCGAAUCCUCCCUCCUACAGGGAGACUGCAGUUAACUACAGCGAGGCAGUGGGCUCUCUCUGCAAGUCACUAUUGCGGGCUCUCUCGGAAAGCCUCGGCCUCUCUCCCGAGUUCCUGGACGCGGCAUUCGGCACACCAAACGAGCGCUUCCUCCUGCUCAAUUACUAUCCGCCUUGUCCCGAUCCGGCGCUGGCUCUCGGCCUGAGCAGCCAUUCGGACGUGGGAGGGAUCACAAUUCUGCUCCAGGACGCAACCUCGGGUCUCCAAGUGCUCAACGAGGGUCAAUGGAUUCCUGUCAAGCCACUCCCCGGUGCCUUCGUUGUAAACGUGGGAGACCAGCUACAGGUUUUGAGCAACGGGAAGUACAAGAGCGUCGAGCACCGGGUGGUGCUCAACUCGGAGUGCCCCAGGCUUUCCAUCGCGCUCUUCUACAACCCGUCGUUCAAUACGGUGGUGUCGCCGGUGGAGGAGCUGCUGGACGAGAGCCACCCGCCACUCUACAAGGAGUUUACCUUCUCCGACUAUAAGAAGCGCUUCUACGCCAAGCUCGACGGCAAGGCGUGCAUCCGCAGCGUCCAGACGACCGUGGAAGCCAGCAGCUAAAAACCUCUCUCGACCUUUCCUUUUGUUUCGCCAUAGCUCGCUCGAUAUAGACAAAUCUUAACAGGAAACUCACCGACCAACAGGAUCAACAGGUAUAUAUAGGUAGCCAAUGGCACACAAGCACAAAAAAAAAAAUACUAGUAUACGCGGAAAAGGUUGGAAAAAGCUAGUUUUUAA